UGGUGGUUCUGUAUUCCACUAUGUAGACUUUUCAAAUCGUCAUUCAUUUCCUUAUGCAUAUGCAGUUGGUAUAUUAGUGCGUUCAAAUGUUAUUGCAGGCGCUAGUGUAGUUGUACCAGCAGACGCAAUCAUGCAAUAUG